CAAGGGAGUGCUUCCGAGGCUCUCGCGAUACGGCGGCCGGUCGAGAACGAUUUGCGUCGGAGACUACUCAGCAGCUCGGUGCUCGAAGGGGGAGCCGCUGCUGACUUUCCAGAGAACCCCCCGCUCGACCUCAUGCCGCAACUGCAGCGCUCUGGGCCAUCCAUCGUGAAGACGCGCUCGGGCAGCGUCCUGUCGCGCGGCUUCAUCUUGAAGACAGAUCACUACCCUUCUGGCCGAGCCCUUGACCUUGACAUUAACGUCCAUGGCGCGCCCAACUUCCGCGCACCCAGGCAGGGCAACCUCAAUGUCUACGGUGUCGCGCAACCACGCACGCAAGGCCUUCGAGCUAUCUUGUCGGUCCUACGCUGUCGUCCGAACAUCUCCAAUCCCACGCACGUGGUAUGGUUCUGCACGCGUGAAGAGCCAAUAGUGUACAUAUCCGGACGUCCGUUCGUCCUCAGGGACGCUUCGGAACCAAGGAGAACGUUGAAGCUGUCUGACCGUGCCGAGAACCUUGAAGCCAUUGAGCUUCGGCUAAAGACCGACAUCCUCUCUGAGGCUGCGAAAUUCGGAGGUCUGGUCCUUACGCACAACGAAAUCGCCUCUGAUUCGGGAGAGGGCGCCAUCCUCCCUACAUGGACUGCCGUGGAUGCGAACAAUGUGAGGACACAGCGCGAACUGAUGGAGAAUAUGCGGAAGGAUGGAUGGAACGUCGAGUAUCAUCGUAUACCCAUUUCUCCAGAACGGCCAAUCGAGGACAGCUACUUGGAUGCAUAUCUCAGGGUCAUCAAUGAGACCGACCCGUUGUCCACCGCGCUCGUGUUCAACUGUGGCAUGGGAGCCGUCCGAACAACCUUCGCCAUGGUCGCUGCCUGUCUCGUUCGGAGAAAGCAGCUGAUUGAUCGGGGCUUGGAGGACCCGUAUAGCGCGAGAUCCGUCGGUUCGAGGUCGGGCAUGAGCACGCCCUCCGGAAUGUCCCCACCGGCGAAUGCGAAGAUCCUGCAGUCACUCGAACAGGCGAGCGCACAGCAGGGCAUAAACCGUUCAUUGCUCCGCAUUACGUACAUUCUUCAGCAAUUACUGGAUACGAAGAACUCGCAGUCCGCGAUAGAGCUGCUGCUCUCCCAGCCAUCCCUCCUCGAGGCGCUCCGCAAGGCGCACAUGGGCAACUAUGGGGUGAUCUUGAGCUUACUCGGAUGUUUGGACCAUGGCAUCAAGUCGAAAAAGCUUGUUGACAAGGUUAUCGACGUUUGCGACCAUGUCGUGAACCUGAGAGAAGAGAUUUUCAUCAACCGUGUGCGAUACUCGCUCACGACGGCCGUGGACGACAAGGAGCGCGACGGCUUCCUGAAUAGAGCCGUGAAAUCGCUCGAGAAAUACUUCUUUGCGAUCGCUUUCGCGAAUUAUGUGGAGAUGCAGGACGACUUCGGACAAACCUUUGCCGAUUGGCUGAAGGCAAGGACGGAGAUCUGGAAUCAAAUUGUAUUUUUGCGGAAGUCGCACGGCUCAAGACUGAACGUCUUUGCCCCGAUCAAUGACCUCUCCUCGCUGUCCAAAUCCGGGGCCGACCGCCAUGCCCUGCUCCCGGGGCAGCAGAACGAUGUUGUGGUAGCGGGCGGCCAGAUCCUCGGGGACGAAUACUCUGACCAUGUCGUCAAGAACCGCAGCGGCAUCAUCCUCCGUGAAGGAACGCUCCUCAAAUCCGACCAAUGGCUCAGCCGCUCGUCGAACGUCCCGCAUGGGGUCCGAGGUGCGAUCAACUUCCGCAACAUCCCUGGGACGAACAUCUAUGCGCUUGGACAGCCUACGUCGGAGGCCAUCGAUGAGGUCGUGCGCCGCGUGCAUGAGGCGCACCCGGAGGCGACGCGCGUCGUAUGGCUCACGCUCCGCGAGGAGCCGCUUGUGUAUAUCAACGGGGCGCCAUAUUGCUUGAGGCGAGAGCGGUUCUCGUUACGCAACAUGAAGGAUUAUGGCGGUAUAUCUGCCUCGCGUCUCGAAGUCCUCGAAGAGCGCCUUCGCGAUGACGUCGUGAACGAGGUGCAUGCCUUCGGCGGAAGGCUGCUCCUGCACACCGAGACCCCAGACGGAUCCGUCAUCCCGAUUUGGGAGGAGGUCAACCCCGACAAUGUCCUCGUCCUCAAGGACGUCAUGGCGGAACGCAAACAUGUUGCGGAACAUCUGGAGCUCAGCUACGCGCGGAUACCCAUCACAGCGGAGCGCCCUCCGGAUUUCAGUGACCUGAGCGAGCUCAUUGAAGUCAUGAUCCGGAGCAACGCAACUGGGGCACCGAUAAUUCUCAACUGCCAGCUCGGCCGUGGAAGGAGCACUCUGACUUCGGUCAUUUUGUUGCUCAUCCAGCAAUGGCUGGCGAGGGCGACCCGCUUGAGGGACCCAUCUACUCCUGGCCCGCUGCAGCGGACAGUGCCUGCGUCGUCUACCAACCCUACUACGGACGUCUUCCCACACCAUUCACAGCGUCACUCAUACCAAAUCAUCAACAACCUACUCCGCGUCAUCCGCAAGGGCCCCAUGGUGAAGCAGGCCGUAGACGACGCCAUCGACCAAUGCUCCGGGGUCCUGAACCUCCGCGACUCGAUCGAGGACGCGAGGGCGCGCGCCGAGCAGGCGUCGGACGAGCAGCAGAGGCGACAACACGCGCACAAGGCGAUGCAGAACCUGCGUCGGUAUUUCGAGCUCAUCAUCUUCCAGGCCUACUUGCAGUCGACGGAGCCGGAUACGAUGGAGACGCAUGAGUCAUUCGAGUCGUUCGUCAAGGACCGGCCUGUGAUCAAGACGUUUGAAAAGGAAUUGCUCGCCGAAGACCUCAACACGCUCAAGCCUCUCGAGCGCGUCAACGUACAGGACGGCGGUGUCGCGCGCCCAGACGAGGUUCAGCAGGUCGUCGCGAAUCGCUCCGGCAGCAUCCUCUCCGCAUCGACCAUCCUCAAGAGCGACUUCUUCUCGAAUUUGCAGAAGAUGAGCCUCCCGGAACGAAUCGAGGGGGCGCCCAAUUUCCGACGCGUACCCUUGACGUUACGCCUUGUAUCGACAUCCGUUCCCUCCCCAGGGGCGGACGGCGCUGACCGGUUCGACUUCGUCACCGGAAACGACAAUAAGUGGGUGUGCGGCAGCGGUAUGCCGACAGUGGACGGAUUGAGGCGCGCGUUGCAGAGGGUGAACGCACAUCCAGAAGGCAACAACUGGGUGUACUGGACUUCAUUACGAGAGGAACCUGUCAUCUACGUCGCCGGCCGCCCGCACGUCCUUCGGCUGAUCGACAAGCCUCUGGAGAAUGUAGAGGCGACUGGCGUGACGACCGCGGUCGUCGAAACGAUGGAAGAGAACCUCAAGCGCGACGUGAUUCGCGAAGUGCGCGCGGGCGAGGGACGCAUCUUGCUGCACGACGAGGUCGAGGAGCGACCGGGGGUGUUCUCGAUCAUCCCGAUCUGGGAGCAGGUCGAGGACAAGGACAUCAUGACGCCGCGCGACGUAUACGACCUGAUGGUCAAGGACGGCUACAAGGUCGACUACGGUCGAGUGGCUGUGACGGACGAGCAGGCCCCGCUACCGGGCGCGCUGUCGCAACUCCUAACACGGGUGCGCACAGGGCUGCAGAGCGGCCACGCGGCGGACUUCGUCUUCAAUUGCCAGAUGGGCCGUGGCCGCACGACGAGCGGCAUGGUCACGGCGUGCUUGAUCGCGACGACAAUGAUGUGGGAGCACGAACGGGAGGAGAACCUUCAGACGGAGGAGCAGGCUAAUGGGUUGGGACAGUACGACUCGAUCGACGGGCCGUCUGAGGAGGAGGCGUACCUCCAAGGCGAAUACAAAGUGAUUUUGCAGCUCGUUAGCGUGCUCUCACACGGCAAGCUCGCGAAACGCUUGACGGACCGAGCUAUCGACCAGAUGCAAGACGUCCAGAAUCUCCGCAAGGCGAUAUACGACUAUAAACUGAAGACGUCCGCCUGCGAGAAAGGGAGCGCAAAGCAGCGCAAGUUGAUGGACAUCGGCGUGAACUACCUGUACCGCUAUGGCACGCUGAUCGUUUUCGCGAAUUACCUGAUUGAAAUACGGGAGGGCAAGACAGCCGAGGUGAACUUCCCUGAGUGGUUGCAGGAGAGACGAGAGAUCACGAUGCUGCUUGGACGUCGAUCGCUGGACUGAGGUCCGGAUGCUGUACAAUUGCUUGUAAGCUACGCUCGAGGCUCGACCCAGAUGUCGGACAUCAAUACAUGUACAUAGAGUAGUCAAG